CUACUCGAUCAUCAUGGUGGCAGGAAGCUUUCACGUGCACACGGUCAUCGAACAUCCCGUGCUCCUCACGUUCUCGCUACUCAUGGUGCUGCUCUCUGCUGCGUGCGCUGUUUCCUCGGUCGUCCUCCUCUUGGGCCUCUGGGCGGACAACAGGACUCUGCUGCUUCCUUGGCUGGUGUCCAUCUCAUUAUCCACUUUGCUGGACAUCAUUGUUCUCUUCUAUCUAACGGCAGAAUCGGACUUCAACCCGUUCAUCGCUAUCCUCUUUAUCACGGAUGUCUUCAUCGCCGUCUUAAACGUGUACUGCUUGCUGUGCGUGUCUUCUCUGUACCAGGAAUACCGGCAUAACCGAGGCAGAACGGUACGCUUUCUUGGACAGCAGUAUCCCGACAACAUGAAAAGGUCUACCUGCCGGAAGCGCGCCGACGCUGAGGGCAAGUUCUCUCCGACGAAGCCAUCUGUGUUCAUCGCCGAUGACAUGGUCUCGUCGUCAAUCACAAAGCUGAGCACAAGUACAACUCGUCGAUCGUCGGCGCUCAGUUCCUGCCGGCUCACUCCGAUCAAAGAGGAGAGCCAGGCUCGGCCCAGUGCACCCGCUGACACGCUGCACCAGAGCCUGGGCGCCACAGGUAGCGGCGAGAACCUGUCGCACGUGUACCUGGUGUCUCCAAGGCCCAGUCCCGUCGAGAAAGAAGACGACGAGGAUGACGAAGAUGAGGAGGAAGCUGAAGAAGACGUUCAGCGGGACGCCGUCGAGCGCCAGCAACGAGGACCGCUGCCUGUCACGGAGGUAGUCAGUGAGAGCGUCUACAAGUGGGCCAUCUGACGGUUGUUCCGGUGCUAGACAGUUGCACGGACGGAGAAACAGCUAUCGCAUCAAUGACAGCCGUCUUGCAGCAAAAGAGGAAAAUGAAAGUAUAACAAGCAACAGUGGAAGCAUAUGUGUCGAUGGAAUGCCAAAUGCGAAGCAAGAAGAUAGCCAUGCCGUGCCUUACAUGAUUCCUCGAAAGGAAUGGUCUCGUAAUCCUGCCGACGAAAUCAUCUCGAAGACUGCGUGCCACAUCCGGCGAACCGCUGGUCAGCAUGUGUAGCAAGUAGUGAUGGGGUCAUCCUUAUUAGUGAUGGCAUGAUCCUUAUUAUAAUGUCGCCGAAGCCGGCAACAUUGUUGUUUAUUGUUGUACUGUGUGUCAUAUAAGCGUUUCAAGCGGAGCUCCUCUUUCUUGCGAGUUCUCGUAAUGUGCUUGAAUGUCCUACCAGCAUUUAUUAUUGCAUAUCGAUAUAAAAAGGCGAUUGGAAUAAGACGUUCUGGUAGGAAUUUUGUUGCUUAAUUUUAUACUAUAUGUUUGACAAAGGUAAAAUAGGUUACCCUUUGCCAGCCUGCAGCAUCAUCGCAUUGACAUUUGUAUUCCCCGAGAGUUGAAGGAGUGAGGAUCUCUGACUGCACAAGUUAGCAUCAUAUGUAUGAGCAUCGACAUGAUGUAGUCUUGAGGGUGUGAACCCUCGUUGAAUCACGGUGGGGAAUGUGGACGGGGAGUGUCCAUUUAGCGUAUGCUUCUCCACCCCUUGCCACCUAGAAGACGCCAACGAUCAUCGGUUACAUCGGUCCUUUUCGCUUCAAGUUGCCACAAGGAAUUAGUGUUGCGUGGAAGCAGAUCGGCCGAAUCACUUACCCGCAGCUGUGUACCGACAAGCCACGUGCUCUUGUUGUACAACUAGUACUGUGUUAUAGAUGCAAUACGCGCAGGCUCCUCGUGUUGAUAUACCAAAAAAACGUGCCAAAGGCGAACGAAGUUUACUACGACGAGUUUACCGCGAGCAACAGCCUUUUGUUGCAAAUUCGCGUGUAAAUAAGCGAUUCACGAAUGAUAUACGUUCCCUGUGAAGUAGAAAGCUUUUGGUGUCAUGGGCCCAUUGUCGUAUUGUAUGACCCCCAAUCAAGACUGAUACCAAUAAAGUGAAUCACGUUAACCUUUCACUCA